GCUCGAUAUUUUCUUGCUCCGCGAGGCGUGACAAUGUAUACGAGCAUUUUGUUCUCUUCAUUUGAUUUCAUCUGCAUUACAUUAUGAUUCGAUUUGGAGCCGUACACAUCACAGUGGCCAAUAGUGAAAACACGAGUGUUCAAUAACCAAACUGGCAUUCUUUUUUCUAGCCGUCUUCAUAAUGCCGCAUACUUGAAGAAGUUUCGCAUCGAACAUGGAAAUGGAGCAUAUGUAUUAUCGGCGGUAUCUACGUAUUGCGUAUUCAUAGGUUUACGCCCGCAGUUGCAGUCCGCUGCUGCACAGUCCGCACCCGUACGUUCGUGUAGUGCGUUUCAGAAAACUCUCCUUAUCGGAAUACCGACGUAUAUACACACACGUACACGCGUACACGAAAUCGAAUUUCAAAAGUGGUGGAAAAGGGCCCAGCGGUGGUGAACGACGUAUGUACUUUCAAUGGGGAAAGAUAUCAGUGUCGAAUUAGCGUUAAUGUAGCCAACGUACGAAACAGUGGAACGAUUUAACGGUGACGAAGCUGGUGGUUGUUUUGAGACUGGAGUGUUACCCUAUUAGAAUGGUUGCAAGUGUCGCGCGCGCAUCGCUGCGAGGCCGUAGUGUUGUGCCAAAAUAAAUCAGAGUUAGUUGUUCCUCGCUGGGAACUGCUAGUGGACGAAUGUGCCUCUCCGUUUGGAUCCGUUUCGAAACAGCGGGCCGAGCUAUGCGGAGUCGCGAUUACCCGCUCUUUUGUUUCGAGGACUACGAUGGGUGUCAUAGUCACCCGCUGAUGUACAUUCCGGUAUUUUAAAAGCGAUCAGCCUCGCCGAGCGGAAGUGUUUUUCGCUUGGCCAUCACCAUUUUACCUGCCUCCCGCGGAUUUCGAUUUCCUGGCUUGACUGAAUUACACACCUGAAAGGGAACUGCAGCACGCGAAUCUUAAAUCCGUGUUUUCCAACAACCUUAUCCGCCCUGACGUGAUUCGCCCGGUUUGCCCGCCACAGGACGGGUUAUGUUUCCCACUUUCAUCGGGAUCCUAGAUAUUCAAUCGUGGUGGGAGGUGCCAAGUAUAGCACACUUCUGCUCAUUAUUUAGGGCUGCCUUCAAUCUUCUGGACUUUGAUAUUGAGGACUUAGAGGAAGCUUUGUUAACGGAUGGUGGAACCGAGGGACAUUUAGUACAGGAGCUAAUAGUCAAAUUACUUGAAGGUUGUUUACCCAAUGACACUCGCAAUGACAUCUCCACCUUUAAUUAUCAGAUGUUUCUUCGCAGACUAUUUCGUAAGAAAUGUCAGGAAUACAAGUGUGAGAAUCCCUUUAAUACAGAUGUAGAUUUUGAGUUAUUGCCUCUUCGUCAGAAAGUAGCAAUAUUGAGAGCCCUCUGCGACUUCAGGCUUGACGCUGAAGACGUGGAGCAUUCAUUAAGUAAUUUGGACUCGGAUAGUCUGCGAGUCGAACCUUUAGGACAUGAUCGUAAGAAUUCUGCCUAUUGGUACUUUUACGGCACUCGAUUAUAUAGGGAGGACUACAUUGAUACUUCUAACAGCAUCUCACACAAACAGAAAAGUAAACCUAGGGAUAAAAAGCGUAAAAGACGACGAAGCAGAGUGGCGAAAGAGGAAGAGGAAGAGGAGGAGAAGAAGGAAGACUGUUUAAUAUACGAGGAGGGGAAAGAAAGUGUCUGGCAAGUUGUCUGCUUUACUCAGCAGGAUUGGAGUCGUUUAGUUGAGAAAUUUCGCGAUUCGGAGUACGAUACCGAACGUAAGCUCUACCGUACUCUGUCCAAGGAUUUCAUGCCCGAAAUUCCCAAGCUUUUUGACUUAAAAGAAAAGCAACAAAGACGCAAGUUAUUGCAACGCAAUAGUUCGCGAGUUCUUCGUAGCCACGAGCCUGCAACACAGAUGGAAACAGUCAUGGUCAGAUCGAAGAUCAAAACUAAAACAAAUAAAGGGAGCAAAAAGGGGACACAGAACUCGAAGAAUGUUUACGUUAAAGAAGAGGCACCGACAUCGUUGUCUUCGCCGCCCGUUCAGAAGAAAGGACGGCAAACUAAUAAUUCUUUAGCGUCGGCUGUUGGUCAAAUUGUAAUCCAUACCAGGGACGAAGUGGAAAGUUUAGAGAAAAAGAAAGGGGUUGGAAGUAACAGUGAUGGGAAUUAUGUAUCUUCUAACUAUGGGUAUAAAUAUGGAUAUUCGUUUGGAAUCGAAGAAGAAGAACGCCGAGUUGGGAUGCACAAGGUUCUUGAGAGUCUCAAGGAUCAUGUGGAUGCGUGGCCGUUCAUUGAUCCCGUUGACGAAGAAUAUGCGCCACGAUACUAUAGUGUUGUACGGAAACCGAUGGAUCUCAGUACAAUGGAAGAGAAACUCGAUGGUGGUUUGUACAAGAGUUUAAGUGAAUUUAAACGGGACUUUUGUCUCAUAGUGGACAACUGUAGGCAAUAUAAUGGUUCUGAUAAUGAGUAUACUGAAAUGGCUUUCAAUCUUAAAGACGCGUUCGAUAAGGCUGUAAAUCGGUAUUUAGAAUCUGAAACAUCUAGCGACGAGGAUCCGUCGUCGCCAAAAUCGUUUCUCGCAACGCCUGUGUCACCGUCGUGUCCUUCUCGAGUUUCUUCUCCACAUCAAAACCGCAAACGAUCGAAAAAGUCUACGAAAAAAUCGAAAUCGUACAAAUCCGAAGGCAAAGGAAAGUCCAAGGUGAAUGAGAAGAAUGACGAAGAGGAAAAGCGGGGGAAAAAUUACAAGCUUCCAAAGAAGAAGAGGGGAAAGAAAAAGAGUAAGAAAGCAAAGGACGAGGAAUCCGUGAACGAGGAGGAACAAGAAGAUCAGGAGAGCGAGGAUGCUAUGUCCGAGUCAAGUAUGGUAACGUCAAAAAGAAGGAAACACAUAGAGGUGAACAAUUUAUUGUUGAAAACCAAAAAGCUGUCGUCCAAAGAAUCGGAAGAGUUAAAGAAAAUGAAUAAGAAAAUUAGUAAGGAACGUCAUCAGCAGAAAAAAGAAGCAGAAAGCGUGCGUCCGAUGAAAGAAACAAAAGAGAAUAAGAAACGGAAGGAAGACUUUGAGGAAGAUUACGAAUCCCUAGUCAUUGCGAAAAGUAAAAGUAGAAAGAUUGAGAAACAGGAACUCGAAGAGACCGAAAUACUUACAGAGAAUGCAAAAAAGAGUAAGGCAAAGAAAGUAGAGCCUCCUCCAGUAGUAGAUGACGAGGUAUCCGAGAACAAGGACAAGACACAGCAUAUCAAAACGAAAAAGAAUCGAAAGAAAGAGAAAACGGCAUUGAAAACGUUGAAGUCGGAGGAUAAAUCUGAGAAGAACCGCGGAAAGGACAAAGAAAAGAAAUCAAAACAGAAAAACGACGACGUGAAAAACGGAGAAAUAUCCAGCGAAAUAGAUUCCAAAGAUUUAGAGCUAGAAAGCGAUGUAGAUUCAAAGGAGACCCCUACGUCUAAGAAGAUUACUGCAUUUAUAGGUGAUAAGGACAUAGAAUCGUUGGACGGUUUAAAGGAUAAGCUCAACGAACGACGGCGAGAGGAGAAGCUGAAGGGCGAGAAAGAGAAACAGAAGAAAACAGGGAAAAGCGACUUUCACAACGUGUAUUCAAAAAAAGUGCCUUCAAACGGUAGUACCUUUAACGACAGCGACAAAGCCGGCGUCAAACGACCAAAGUUAAAAAAGGGAAUGAAAGAAGAAAAAGUUCCUACCACGGAGGAUCCUGUGAAAACACAAGACCAAGAGACAAGCGAAAUUAAAAAAGCAAAAUCAACGAGCAAGCAUACCAAAGGAUUUGGAAAGGAGGAAAGCUCGAUACAAGCAUUGAAUCAGGCAACAGAGCAAACACUCCAUGACAUCAACAAAUGGUUAGAUGACGCACCAAGACUCUCUGAAUUUUCCUCUGGGAGCGAUUCUCCGAUAUUUCAUUCUUCUGUUGAAUCUGCUCGGUCUGGACCAAAGGUAGAAGCGCCGAGAAAACGACCAAGUUCAAUUAAGAUCUUUGGUCCUCAUGGGCCCAGUAGACCAAAAAAGAUACAACGCACGAUAGAUCGUUUGCAGCCUGGUAAAAGUAAGGGCAACUUACUGUUAAAGAAACCGCUUAAUUUACCUAGCGUAAGUGUUAACGAGACGGCAGACCGCCCGUUGACCAGCGAUAGCGACCCGACGAACAAGAACACUGACGAGGAACCAAAACUUAGUUUAGGAACGGUCUUGAAGAAUGUGGACUCCAUUCAGUUGAUUUGUAAAAGUUUAGUGUCCUCGCCAAAUCCUAAUUUGUCGAACGACGACGAGGAAGAAGAUCACAGUGUUACGCCAGUAGCCCCGGUACCUGCAUCUAAGGAAGAGAACUCUUCGACCGGAAAGCCGGCUGCGCAAACACCUGUGGAGGUAGAAGAAUCUAAAGAUAGUCAACCCAAUGCGAAGGAGAUGCAAAAACCUAAAGCAGCAACGCCAAAUUUGAGUGCCUGGUUCAAAGCGUUCGGUGCACCAAAAUCGAAGAAGAAGGAUGACGAAUCCGAAGAUGGUGCAACAAAGAAAGAUGGCGAGCUGCAGGAAGUGUUCUGUGGGAGACAAAGACGAAUGAGUACUGGCGGUAGUAGUGUGAGUGAAUCGGUUUCCAGUUUUUCUCAAGAAUCGCCGCCAGGACGAUCGGGUCGGUCUCCGCAGGCGCAACCCAUUAUAGCUUCUGUAGAACCACAAAUAAGAGGAGCUGGAUUUUAUCAGGAUGCUUUGUCGACGGGAAGCAGUCCUUACAACAGUCCCUAUUAUGCCACUCCGCCGAGGUACAGCGCUCAGUUACCACCCACUCCUUCACCUCAAAAUCAUCCUCUUUCUCCAGCUUACCCGUCAUCGUCUUACGAGCAAGCACCUCUUUACUCUCAGGUGCCGCCUCAGGCACCUCCUCAACAAUCCCAUCAAUCAUUUCAGAAGUCACCGCAGGAAAAUUCUGGAGAAGUAUAUCAUCAAUUGUCGCCCACUUUCCCUCAGCGUUCUCCGCAAGCUAACUUUCCCCAAAGUUCGGCACAGAACGAAUCGUUCAGUCAACAAAUAUCACCAGCUAAUCAAAAUCCGUCUCCAGUCUACUCGCAACACUCGCCUCAACCGAUACAGCAGGUGUUUCCCCAACCUUCCCCUCAACCACUACCGUCGAAUUACUCUCAACCAUCGCCUCAACAAUCGCCCACCCCCAAAUACCCACAACUGUCACCGCAACAGAAUACCACCAAUUACUCCCAGCCUUCACCUCAAGCAUCUAAUUAUUCUCAAGCUUCACCUCAGCAACCUCGUUCUCCCUACUCCCAGCCUUCGCCUCAAGCACCACCACCAAAUUAUUCUCAGCCGUCUCCGCAACAGCAGCAUUCUCCUUACGCGCAAUCUCCUCAGCAGUCGUCCGGGUACUCUCAACUGUCUCCUCAACCACCGUCAAACUACUCUCAGCCAUCGCCUCAACCUCCACCCGUCUAUUCACAACCGUCGGAAUCUUCAAAUUUUCCUCACCCGUGUCCUCAAACUCGCCCUGCUGGCUACUCGCAGCCGUCGCCUCAACCUCUUACAGGAUACUCGCAACCGUCCCCUCAGCCACGAAAUUAUUCUCAACCAUCGCCUCAGCAAAUUCAAACCUUCCCGCAACCGUCGCCGCAAGCAACACCCACGUACUCUCAGACUUCCCCACAGAGUGCGAACUAUUCUCAACCUUCGCCGCAACAGUCGGUCAAAUAUUCCCAACCCUCUCCUCAGCAACCUGCAAACUAUUCGCAUCCUAUACACUCGCCACAGACGCCUCAAAAUUAUUCACAGCUGUCUCCUCAACAAGCACCACCCAACAAUUAUUCCCAACCGUCUCCGUCGUCUCAACAGUCUCGUAACUACUCGCAAACGUCACCAUCGCCUCAGCAAUCUCGCAGCUACUCGCAACCGUCACCAUCGCCUCAACAAUCUCGGAACUACAUGCAACCGUCGCCGUCGCCUCAACAGUCCCGUAAUUAUUCCCAGCCGUCACCGCAACAGAAGACAGCCUGUACGUCGCAAUCGUCACAGCAAACUUCCAGUUACUCGCAACCGUCACCUCAACAAAAUGUAAACUACACAUCGCAACCACAAACCUCUAAAAGUUCGGAGGAAUGUUCACCGAGUCCAGCUACACCGACAACAUAUUCUCAAGGGUUCAAACACAAUCACGGCUACAUACAAUCACCGGCGCCAUCAUCGGUCAGUGAAACGGAGCAUCGAUCGGAGUAUCUAAAGUCCUCCAGCAACGUCGAGAAGUCUUCGAGCAGUGAACAACAGAGAAAUUUCACCGUUCCAACAGAGACGUCGCUAAACCUGAAUACGAAUCAUCAGAUCUAUCAAUCGCCGAAUCAGUAUCCGCCAACGUUCGGGAACAACUAUCCAAACCUGGACUUACAGAGAUCGAGGCCAGAACAGCCGCAGCAACAGCAACAAGCGUCUCAAGAACGCCCCAGUUUCACCGACCUUAGCGAAUCUCUCAACGCGCAGAAGUAUGUUCAACAACGUUCGUUCCUUGGUAAAACGUCGACCGCCAGUGAUCAGCUGUCGACGCAGGAUCAACAAUCUCAGCUAUUAGCGUUCCAACAGAACCUGACGACGCACGAAUCUCUCUAUCCGAGCGGUUUCCAAUCGUCUGGGUACGCGAUGUCAAACUCGAGACCGGUUUAUCCUAGCCCACACUAUUUCGAUGCCAGUUCGAAGACUGCCACCGGUGGACCUGUAAAUAGCUCGGCCAGCAACCUUCCGCCCGUAAAGAAACGUAUAUACAAUGAAUCAUCCAGCGACACAACUCGCGGCCUGACACAGGAGGCUGCAGCGAGAUCUGGCCAAGAACAGUUCGCCUUCGAUCCGAUAAUGGCGUUGCCGCAACCGGAAGCGAUUUCAGCUAGUCAAUUCGAUGCCUCGUUCGUUGGAAAUUUGGCCGAUUCGGUGGCCACAAACCCGGCAUACGCUCGUCUAGGUCUAGGCUUAGUGGGUCGUGCAAGCAAAGAGCAACAGCAAUUGUUAACAAUCCCUCGGCCACCGCCGACGAAACCGGAACACCUCGCUUACGCGCGCAGUCCAGCCACUGGAACCGCGGAAUUGGAUCUGAAUCUUCUUCAGAGUCUGCAAACAGCAGCCGCGAAAAAUACUCAGGGCAUACUGUCUAUGUCGCGUAGAGGUGGAGAAGGACCGGUGGCGGGUAACACGUCUGCGCCAACAAAAACGAAAAAAAGCAGGAAGAGCAAACAGCAACAACAACAGCAGCAGGAGCAACAAAACGUUGCGAAUGUUUCGUCGGCAGUGAGCACAGAGCCGCAACCCGCACCUGGUAUACCUGGCUUUUCACAAUACACCGGUACACCAGCGGAUUCGAUCGGUCUGAAAAAUAGCGGCAUGGUCCCGCCAGCUGGCAGUGCCUUCAAUUUCGCCGCAUCGACCAGCACCACUACCAGUUCACCUUUCUACGAUAAAGACCCAUCGGCUGCGGCGGCAGCGUUCGCCUUUUUGGACGAGUUUCGGAAUCCGAGCAGUUAUUACAGUAUGGCGCUCAGACAACAGCAACAACAACAACAGCCACAGGUGCCGCCGGUCACGGACGCUACCCAGCAGGCUUGCAACAAACUCAGCAAUCAACCGCCGAGAAAUUAUCCGCCUCAUCCUUUUCUUCAUUCUGCGCAGAGAUCAGCAGCGUACGGACCACCAGUCUCGGCUUAUGUCACGCCUCACGGACCGAAUUUAACAGUGGACCCGACUGCAUACCAACAGUACAUUCAUUCCCUCUAUGCACUUCAACCGCCGCCGCAUCAUCAUCGACCGUCCUGGCUUUAGCUGUUAAAAUCUGUGUGAUGGGCAUCUAAAUAUUUCGACUAGCGCUGUAAAAAUUGAAACGUUCUAACUAUUCAAACUUCGAAUCGUAGCAAAUACUUCCAAUUAUUUGAAUAUCAUCCUGUAUCAAUACCUUUCAAGCGGUUACUUCGUACUUGUUAGAUUCGCUUGAUAGACUUCUCUUUGGCCCAAUUCCUUUUCGAUAUAGCACUGAACAACUUCCAAAAUUUCGAAUACUGUAAUAACACAAUUUGGUAAACUUAACAGGAAUUCGAAUUCAAACAAUUGUCGUCAAUCAAUCUAUUAGAAAUUGUCACUUGAUAGGAAUGAUAUCCAAAUGAUUCGAAAUAAUUAAUACAAUUGUAAGUUCGAAUAAUUCGAACUUUAUUUACAGCCCAAAUUUGUAUGACACUUCGGUGGAUAUGCCGUCCCUCGUUGAGCGGAAGAAACAGCGUUCGAAAUAGACGAGCACCUCUGUCAAAAAGUAUUUAGCCAUUACUUCACUGUAAUUAUGCUACUUUUAAUCGAAUAUUUUUUAGUGAUCGUAUUAUUUUAUACAAGAAAAUUUUUCUUGCCUACAUACAAUUGUUGCCAUUGACAGCAAACAAGAUAUAGGAUAGAUAAUAUCUUAUACAUUCUUAUAUCUCACUGACAGAAAACUUCAUAGUUUCCGAAUUUUUGUUGACUUGGAGCAAAAUAAGAUAGUGACGCUAUUAGUGGUGUAAGAACUUCUAUUGAAUGUUUCGGAAGUGACUUGCUAAUUUUGUUAGGAGUAACAAUUAAAGUGCAAUCAUAUUUUUAUCAUCUUUAGUUUAUUUUGUACGUAUUGAGAAAGUUAUUGUAUAUGUAUUAUUUUAAGUGUUACGUGCUAAUUUUAGCUCUUGAGUUCAAUUUAGUUUUGAAUAUCGCGAUCCAUAAUUAUAGAGGUUAUAAUGAGAUAAUUGUUCUUUUACGGCAGUGCUCGGAACGCAACAUUGAGUCGCGGGGAGCGAGUGUGGCUGCAGGCGGUAGUUAGGAAACUGAACCAAAUGUUGCGUUUCGAAACAUUCCGAGCACUGUUUUACGAGAUCAGUAUCUCAAAAAUUCUUACGUAUAUCUCUAUAAAACGUUGAAUUUAUUCUAUAUCUUGUCUUUGCUAACAUUAAAAUUUAUUGUUCAAUAUGACUACCGAAUUUUACAUUAAUAUCGUGUUCAGUACUUUUCUGUGAACGCUGUUUCUUUAAAUAUUGCUUGUCAUCGCAUUCACUGUUACAACUCCUUUUCUUCUUUUUUUCUAACCGAAGUAGUACCAGUGUUUUUCUUGAUCAACUUUGUUCGAUAACAGAUCGGUUGUAGUACAAUAUUAACCGAUAUCUUUUGGUAAAGAAGGGGGGCAAACAAUUUAUUUAUUUUAUAGAUCUUUUCUUGAACAUUUAUUUUUUCGUGUCGUCAAACAAUUUGGUAAUUUCUUCGAGAAGAACUCUGGUACUGGCAAUGAAAGAUAACAAAAUUUCUAAUCGAGUAUGUUCCUCAAGAACAUUGAUAGAAACACCGUGAACUUGUGAAUGUCAAGCAGUAAAAGAAUCACGCAAUCAUGGUCGUCCAUUUAUUUUAUUUUCUUCUGUAUAUGUGUACUUUUUACUGAUUGACUAGAGAUUAACGGAUUUUGAAAGCUCUUUAAAAUUCGGGUGCCGGAUUUUCCACCGGGCUGUCCUCCACCCCCUGUUUUCGCAUUUGUUUCCCGUUUUUUACCGAAAGCGAUACGAACUUUGACAUUUUUACACGAUUUAUCAGGAAAACAGAAAAGAAAAAGAUGUUUAGCUUUUAUCGGAUAAUCUACUUAUGUAGUCAUAUGUACAUAAAGAAUAAGCCUACAUCACGUGGGAAUUUUUGAUAGUUCUUUUUCUAAUGAACUAGCCGACGACUUAGAUGCGUGAAGUUCAGUCGCUAGUGACCGGAAGUAACCUUCUAUCAAAAGUUCCUCUAUCUACUACCGCUCUUACAGCGCUACUAUCUAUUUCUCUUUCUCGAUGUAUCGGGGAUAUGAAUUAUGCAAUAUUCAAUUUUCUAGCGAAAGAAACGAGUUUAUCACGACAGUGCUCGUAACAUGCCCAGGCUGUCGUAAAUAUUUCGCCUUUUCCCGAAUUUAUGUUUUAACAAACAUAAAAUGAAAAGAGAAUGGCUAGACAAAAUGUAGGGGUAUACGUGACUUCUAAGUUCGAAGAAUUUCUGUAUGAUAUCGAGCGCACUGUUGCCGGUGUAUCUUAUGUAGAGUAUAUAGAUUCGAUAGUAUGUAAGCUAGAAUUCGUUUCUUUGUAUAUAAAAUACAUAUCCUUCAUAGACGAUGUGCUCGAUGUAAAGAAAGAUCUGCAAAGUGAAAAACUUUGUAGAAUCGUCCGCGGUAGGUUACGAAUGGAGAAGUAUAGGGAACUUUCUGAAGAAUGAAUAUACGUAUGUGUGGGUGCGUGUGUGAGUGCACGCGCAAGUGUGAAUAUGAGAAACCGAUACGUGUGUGUGUAUACGUAUUUGUGUAUACGUAUUUGUGUGCGCGCGAGGAAGAGGACGAAAAUGUAAUACGCCGCAAUCAUACAUUAACCCACCUUAUUGCUAAAAAAACUGAUGGAAGCGGUAUAUUAAAACUUAUAAAUAUAUACAUAUAUAUUGUAAAUGUAUAUUGUAAAUGUAUCGAUGACAGAUUAAAGCACAGUUUGUUACAAAA